AUGAAACCAAAGCACCACCAACUCGGACGCUUCCUUCUCAUGCUCGUCAUCCUCAUCACGACAUUAGCCAUGAUGACAGAAUUUGUUCAAUCCGAAAUAUUUUCAUUUACGAAUACAAAAAUGCAUUACGGAUCUUUUAUUGUCAAAAGAUUUGCUAUUGCAACAGAAAAAUAUGCCUUUUCUUCGCUUGCUGUUUUUUCAAAACUGAAAAAGCCAUCGCUCACAGUGGACCUUUCAAUUCAGCACGAACAAAAUGUUGAAGACAAAAUGUAUUGGAUGUUAAUUCAUAGUGAUGAUUUGGAAACUUUUUACAAAAAUUCAUCUGCUUUUAGCCAAAAUUAUUAUUCUCUCGGAGUGGUUCUGGAUCAAAUUUGUGAUUCUACUACUUUUAUUCCUGAAAGAUCUCAUUUCACCGAAUUUACAACAAGAAUUCAUGCAAAAUAUGAAGAUUUCACAAAAAGUGGUGUUUACUAUGCAAUUAUUUUAAACUGUGACACCGAUAGCAACACUAAAUCAAUGACCAUUACCUCUGGAUCCAUCAAAUAUGUGAAUCCAUUCGGUCAUUUAAGUGCUGAAGUUUAUGAUAAUUUACCCUUCUAUGGAAUCAUGUCAAUUGUAGUAUUUGUGAUAGGAAUGCUUUACAUGUUAUCCAUUUUCGGAGUAGGAUUUGAAUGUCAAAGACCUUUUGGAAUUCAAUGUAUCAAAAAGUUAAUCAUGACAUUCAAUCGAAAGAAAGAUGAAGCACCUGCUGCUUCUAGCAUAACUAUUCCCGACCAUCAACAAAAGAAACCUAAGGUGAAAUCUUAUGCCAUUGUUGUUUGGAUUGUCGUCGUUUUGAUUUUAUUUUUAUUAGAAAAUUCGUUCAGCUUUGCCAUGCUUCAACAUAUGGAUGUCAAGGGAAGAAACAAUAACUUUUUAUUUACCAUUUCAUCUCUAUUCCACAUGUGCAGAAAAUUAUUCAGUAGAAUUUUUAUUAUUCUCUUGUGUAUUGGUUAUGGAUCAAUCAGAGAUUACUUGGGUAGUGUCAAAUCAUUUCUAUUGUGGGCCUAUGGUCUAUGUUAUUGCCUUGCUGUUGUUGCUUAUGAAAUUGUUGACUUGUUAUUCGUUAAGGUUCAUGUGAUGAGUCCCAUUGUUGCAAGUUUGCUAUCAACACCAGUGGUAGUUCUCGAUGUGAUUGCUUUUAUUUGGAUUUUAGCGGAAUUGACUUCACUAAUGAGACAAUUGAAGAAAAAGAAUCAAUCUGAUCGAUGGAAAGUUUUUGCCAUGCUCACCUCGAUCAUGAUUGCCUAUCUCAUGGUUACUUUGGCUUGGCUCAUUUACACUCAAGUAUUACUUGAUAAUUCAGAUCAAUUCAAGUUUGAUAAGAGAUGGGAGACGAAUUGGACCAUUGAAUCCGUUUGGAGCAUCAUCUUCUUGAUUGUGAUGAGUGCCAUCAUGAUUGUGUUUAGAAAGAGUAAUUUAGCUCAAUUACAACAACAUAUUGAGAAGAAACCAACUCAAAGGUACUCUCAAGUUCCACAAGAUGAUGAAACCACACACGAUGACUCUUCGAGUAUUCAUGAAAAAUUGGAGAAUGAAGAAGAAUUGGAUGAAAUCAUUAAUGAAAAAUCGACUACCACUAUGGACCACACUAUUACAACAAAACAAAAUGAUAGCAAACGACCUGGAUUUGGUAUUGAUAUCAGUGACGAAGAAGAUGAACAAGAUCCAGAAGCUAUGGUCAAAGUGAACUAG